UUUGGCAAUGAGGCGAAAUGGCUGUCGAGUAAUUCAAGGACAAGUAAAUAAAUCAAAAUCAGGCUCUGAGUGAUUCAUCUUUUUCCUUGGCCAGAUGGAGUACAUAAAUUCAUCACAGAAUUGGGAAUGUGAAAGCCAUGAUAGUUCAAAGGCCCUUUAUCCUGCUGAGAUUGAUGAAGUUAUCACUAAAGAUUCAUCUAAAAACAAGCCGAUAAAUUCUAGUUGUAGUAAUCUGUCUAAAAUGGGUUCUACCAAGAAGCUUCUGUCAGCAGUUGAACCAUCCGAAGAAAUCUUAAAACUCCUGGCGAAGGCUAGAGAUGAUCUCAGGAAACAGGAAGCUACCAAAGCUAGAGAAAUAAUGUCAAAAGAAGAAUUGAUUGAAGCCAAACAAAGUGCUUUUCCAGACAAUUUUCAAGUUGUAGCUGAACAUACACGUCAGUUUGAUGAAAGGGAAAUAUCAAGAAACAAAUCAGUUGAUAACAUCUUUGAAAAAGCUUUAGCAUCUAAAACCCCAAAUUUUGUAGAAUGCAAUCAACAGAAACAAAGAGAAAGUCUUGAAUCUCUUUUACAGAUUGAUGCUGAGGGAGUCCCGUUUCAGGCAGCAAAGUUUUAUGAGCGUAAACCCUUUACCCCUAAAUAUUGGUUUGAACACGAUGAUCGAGAUCGUGAAGAGGUCGAGGAAGCUAAAACAUUUGAAGGUGACAUGAAAUCGAUCCAGAAUAAGAGUCCUUGUGAAGCCGUCAACCGAUGGGGUCAUGAUCUUUACGAUGCAUCCCUAGUCAAGGCAAAUGGAGAUGAAUUCCCUGGAUACUCAAAAAAAUUAUUCCCCAGACCGAUAAGUAAGUGUGAAACUGUUGAUCGUUGGAGCCAUGACUUGUACGAUGCAACUCAACAAACACCUAAAAGUGAUCAAGAGUUUAGUGACUUUUACGGCGGUGACAGACGUCAAGUCAACAGUCGUGGUUCAAGCAAGUAUCGUUCUUCGUUUCAAGAAAGCGCCGAAUUUGCUAGUUCACGACCUUUUCGUGGGCGUGGUGCUCAACCACGUUCAGAAGAUCGAAUGAACACUAAAAAGGAUGAAAUUUCUGCCAUCAAUAGAGAUAUGGAAAAUUUUUAUUUGUGAGUUAAAAUGUGAUUUGAGUAUUUUUUUGUUGGUUCAUUAUUGCGAGCAUGCUGACACAUUUCUUGUUUUGUUUUAAUUGGGUAACCCCGAUUUUUGGAGCGUUUCACCUAGCAAUGGAAUAAACUUCGUUUUGCAUUGA